AUGUCGAGUUUGAGGAUGUUCGUGAUGCAGAGGAUGCUCUCCACUAUCUGGAUGGCACCAGACUCCACGGACGAGAACUGGAGAUACAGUACGCCGAAGGAGACCGAAAGAACGUGGUCGCAAUUCUCGAUCGCCCAGCCCACGUCACCGUCGCGGGCGCUACUCUCGCUCCCCGAGCCCCAACGGCCGUCGCUACUCACGAUCCCGGAGCCCCUACAGCCGCUCGAGGAGGAGGCACUCAAAAUCCUACUCGAGGUCUCGGUCGCAAACUCCACCCAAAAGAAGGGGGCGUCGCUCCCCAUCCCCCCAGUCCCCUCCUCCUCUUCCUCCUCCUCCUCGCAAGGGCAGUCGGAAGAGCCCCAGUCCUCGCUCUGACCACUCCCGGUCUCGAUCUCACAGUCCCACUCCCUCACGCUCCAGAAGCUACUCUCGUACUCCAUGAGUGACUAUAUACUCAGCUACAAUGGAGUGACUCCUCUUGAGUUGUGUACAUCUGCUCCGCUUACAUCAUGCAAUACAUGUAACAAUAGACCAUGUUACCCUUCCAGUAAUCUUUCAGUAAAUCUCUGUAUAUUAUUAUGCAAGUGUUGACACAAAAUGUUACAUACACACUAUAAUCAACAGUCAAAGACACCAUC